AUGUUUGAAGCUCUCAAGGUUGGUAUUUUCUUUUGUUGAAAAAAUUAAUCAAAAUAUGUAUCUCAUUAAAAAAUAAAAACAAAACAACUUUUUCGUAUACAUUUCACUCAUAAAAACAUUCCACUAUAUAGUAUCAUGUUUUCCCCUGAAAAAAAAACAAUUCUGAAAAGAAAAGAAGUGUGGUGUACUUCUAAUCCUUGUUUCUUUGAAAAUUCUUUGAAAACUGUUCAAAGACAACGAUUAGUCAUACUUUCUGCUGCAAAAUGAAUGUCUUCAUCUUUUUUGUAUAGAUACCGUAGUAAAUUUUUUUUGAACUAACUCGUCAUUUUUUCAAUAUGACGUUUAGCUAUAUAGAACUACAAUUAUGUUCAUUAGCUAUAUGGUAGGUGUACAUUUAUUCAUUUUUUCAUCACCUCCCACUUCAUUUUUCUUAUUCUUCAUCUAAUUUUAUACAUAUAUUUCUCGCCUCUUGAGAAUCGAAAAAUUUCACAAUUUUUCAUUGCGAAACCCUGUCAUCAUUCAUACCCCUAUUUCCUUUUCAAUUUCAAAAACGAAAUAUUCAUAGAAUCGACAGCCAGCAAAAAAAAAAAACAAUUCGCAUCAUGAAAGUGCAAAUUGAAAAAAAGUCAUUAGGGGAUCAAUUUUUUGUCUUCAAAAGAAAAUGGAUAUACAAAUAAGACAUUAAUUUUGAGAUGAGCUAUUAUUAGAAUGACUAUCGAUUUUGUGAGGGAGUAUUAGUCUGCAUUUUUUGGAUUAAUCUAAAAAUAAAUUGGAAACUUAUCUCAAAUCCUAGCUAAAAUUUAAAAAAAUUCUCAGGAGGUUUUUUUUUUCUAAAAUUGAACCACGUCACGUUAUUACUUUCUGACAAAGUGUGCACUCUCUUUUUCUUGGAUUUGAGUUUGGCCCAUACUGCCCAAUCGAUUUUCAAUAUAAUAUAGAAAAAUAUUGGAAAAUGUAUUUUCAGAGUUCUCAAAAUCCCCUACAAAAACACUGAAAAAUAGUAAAGUAAUUUUUUCGAGAAGCAAAAUCAAUAACAUUUCUCAUAUGUUCUGCAAAAAGACAAAUUCCAUGAGCCGACAGAACUGAAACAUAGUUUCUGAGAAAAACUAAUGCUUUAAAAUAUUCCCAUGGGUGUUAGGUGACAUAAAAAAUCUGCACUACUAUUGUUCUUUCACUCCCCCACUCUUUUCCAUCGUCCAAAAAAUAUAUAAUUGCUGAAAACCUCCCAUUUCUUUUUUCGAUGCUUUUUUUGCUUACCUGCGCAUAGAGAAUUGCACAUACAUUUUUCACACUUCGUACUAGUCGUUUUUCUUUUCUACUGUGCUUUUGCUCUUCUAUUGUUUCUGGUGAACUAUUUUUUCUUUCACAGAUUUAUGCUAAAGUUUGUCAAGAAAAAAUCGAAUGGUUUUUGUGCAGCGGUGAGAAGGGGCUUUUCUUCGAUGGAAAAAAAUAGGAGGCGGUGCUUGGACAGAGAAUAUAAGCUUUGUCUGUUAGUUCAUUCGUCUUUUAGUCAUUUUCAAACAUUUUCAGUUCACAUUGGAAUAUUCAAAUAAGAGUUCAUCUUUGCUCCCCUCUCCCCGAAAUUUAUUUAAAUGCAAAUUACCUUCUUUUGUUUCAGGAAGUGCUCGGAGAGAUAAAUAGCAAAUUAGCUGCUGUGAAUAAUGAGCUGAACUCGAAAAUGUCUGAAAAUAUGGUAUCGUCGCGACCUGUCGCACAGGCACAAUAUUGCGGUCCUUAUAAACUUGAAAAAACUCUUGGCAAAGGUCAAACUGGUGAGUUUUAAAAGGUUUUGUAGUGUUCUUAUAAAUACUUUUUCGCAAAUAUAAGAAGUGUAGAUUUAUGAUGUUCAAAAAAUCAGACCAGUGACAAAAAUCACCUGAAAACAUUUUGCAAAUGUUGUCUGUUGAAAUUCUACCAUAUCUCAAAUUUGAGAUGUCAUCCAUUCUUUCCUCUUUUUUGACUUCAACAAAGUCAUAUUUUAUUCAAGAUUGUAGUGUUGUUCAUCUCAAUUAUUCGUUUUGGAAAAAAGAGAGAACAAAUACCCGACACAGAGAAAUCGAUAAAAAACAAGAAAAGUGCAAUCUCUUGGGGCACAUUUUUCACUUUAACUCUUCUUCUCUUUUACAACCAAGAUUUGCUUGAAUAAUACGAACUACAAACACACCAAAACCAAAACAUACAUUGUUUUAAUGGUGUUGAAAAAAAAAACAAAAAAAGGGUCAAACAAUUUUUUUCUUGUUAAAAAUAUUUUCAACAUACAUAAUUUGUACAAUUCUCCCCAGGGCUAUGAAUAUGCAAAUUACUAAUUUUUCGAGACAAAAAAAGAGUCGACUUUGGAGUGAGAAAAAUAAAAGGAAACAAAAUGAUUUAUUGUUUUUUCUGUCUUGCAGGUUUGGUGAAAACGGGAACUCAUUGUAUAACGGGCCGGAAAGUUGCAAUCAAGAUUGUCAACAAGGAAAAACUUAGCGAAUCAGUAUUGCAAAAGGUAAGACUGCUUUUUCAGAAUGAGAAAAAGGAGAGACUUGUAUAUAAUAACAGGAGUAGAAUUAUAAUAAUCACAUCACUGUUAAAAGUCGCUUUAUUUUUAACUCAUUAUUAUUCUGCAGACUUUGAAAAAACACAUUUCAGUUUAAUGAUGAUUUGAGAUGAGCAGAAUUCAGUUAGCACUUCUUGGUCGAUAAUGGGAUCAAAAGUUGGAAAACCGCUAUUUCAAUUACUUUAUUUUCUGGGCGGCUAGAACUUUGAGUACCAGAUUGAAUAAAAUUCGGGAUACUUUAUCAUCAGAUGUAAUAGAUGAAUCUAAAACCAAAAUCCAAUAUUCAAAUUCUAUUGGGUUUUUUGAAAGUAUUCUACAACUAUGAGUUAGACCAUUUCAAACUUUGGUUCCUUAUUUUAUCCUAAUCCUCUCAUUUAUAAUUAUGGUCAUCUAUACUUUUUUCAACCAAUCAGAAACCAUACACAUAUUUUUGUUUACAUUCUCAUUUUCCUUUUUCAUUCAUGUAAUAGACAAAAUAGCCCCAUUCCACUAAUUCCCAAAUGUGUUUGACGCAUUUUGAAUGAGUAAAUGAAUACACGAGUCGAUUAAUAAUUAACACCUCGUUUCCUUCCUUCUGCUUUUUCUCCAAGUACCACACUCAACGUGUGGUCCUAUCGAUUUUUUAUGUGUGGUCCACUCAAAUGCCAAUAACAUUUUGAAUUAUAAAUAACGAGGGAACCUUUUUUUCUAAAACGCUAAUAGAGUUGUUGUUUUACAAAGAAUCAGAAAUCAUCAUUAUGAACGGGAAAACAACAAAACACUUUCAAUUGUUACAGGUGGAAAGAGAAAUUGCAAUUAUGAAACUCAUUGAGCAUCCACAUGUUUUGCAUCUUUAUGACGUCUACGAGAAUAAAAAAUACUUGUGAGUCAAAUAAUUCGAAGACUUCAAAAGCAUCCGAAACAACAUUUUUAGAUAUCUCCUUCUGGAACAUGUAAGUGGUGGUGAACUAUUUGAUUAUCUCGUGAGAAAAGGUCGAUUGAUGUCAAAAGAAGCCAGAAAAUUCUUUCGACAAAUCAUAUCAGCACUUGAUUUUUGUCAUGCUCAUAAUAUUUGGUAAGAUUAAAGUUCUUUCUGAUUUUUAUCCGAACAAAAAAACUCUUUUUUUUCUAGCCAUCGAGAUUUGAAGCCAGAAAACUUACUACUCGAUGAAAGAAAUAAUAUAAAAGUCGCUGAUUUUGGAAUGGCGUCACUUCAAGUAGAAGGAUCUAUGUUGGAAACAAGUUGCGGCUCACCGCAUUACGCGUGUCCGGAAGUGAUUCGCGGUGAAAAAUAUGAUGGUCGAAAAGCGGAUGUUUGGAGUUGUGGUGUCAUUUUAUAUGCAUUGUUGGUGGUUAGUUGGUCUUUAUUUCUUCUGUAUUUUGAUGUAUGGAUUUUGAAAAUAAUAUGGAAAUUUGAGUGUUUAUUCGUAACUCGAAACCUUUUAUUUCUCAAUAUCCUUUUUUUUUUUCGAUUCAUAUUUUGAAAAAAAAAUUCUAUUUUUAGGGAGCAUUGCCUUUCGAUGAUGAUAAUUUGAGAAAUCUUCUGGAGAAAGUGAAAAGAGGAGUUUUCCAUAUUCCACAUUUCGUUCCAGCUGAUGUUCAAAGUUUAUUAAGAGCAAUGAUUGAAGUUGAUCCUGCAAAAAGAUACUCGGUAAGUAAAUAAAUUGACAUCAUUUUGAAUCGAACUAAUUGUAUAUACUUUUCAGCUGGCCGAUGUUUUUAGACAUCCAUGGGUUGCAGGAACAUCGAAAGCUGAUCCUGAAUUAGAACUGCCAAUGUCGCAAGUUGUUCAAACUCAUGUAAUUCCCGGAGAAGAUAGUAUUGAUCCUGAUGUUUUGCGACAUAUGAAUUGUUUGGGUUGUUUCAAAGACAAACAAAAACUUGUUAAUGAAUUACUUUCUCCACGACAUAACACUGAAAAAAUGGUGUAUUUCUUGCUGUUAGAUCGAAAACGUCGUCGUCCUGCACAAGAAGAUGAUACUGAAGUUGUGCUCCGUGGAGCUGCACCAAACAAUGAUCCACCAAAGAAGAGAACAGAUACAACAAGAUCGAAUCGAUAUCCAGUUGGAAGUAUUGCAGAUGGAAGUCCAAUUAAUCCAAGAAAAACUUAUGGAAGACAUAGUAAAUCAGGAAGACAUUCAAGUCUUGGUGGCUCGCCAACCGAGUCACCAAGAACUUCUACAAGAGAUCUGUUUGGAUCAUCGAGUGGACCAUAUUCAGCAAGAGGAACAGAAGACCGAGGAAGAUCUGCUUCUAGAUCUACAAAUAGUUAUCAUUACUACACACAACCAGUUGAUCCACAAACUCUUGCCGAAGCUGCACGACAUGUUAGAGAAGUUAGAGAACUUGAACGAAGAGAAAGUCGAGAUAGUGGUAGAGGAUCUUCUAGAAAAGAUUCGAAAGAAUCGAAACCGGCAGAUGCUUCAUUCUCAAAUGAUGUGGUAAGAGCUUUUUUCUUUUCGUUUCUUAAUACAAAAUUAUUAACCAAAAAAAUUCUUAUUUUACAGCCUCUCAAAUAUAGUCCACCAUCAAAUAUGUCUGAAAGUGUUGUGGUUGGAGGAAGUGGAAUCGGAUCAACAACAUCUUCCACAAGUAGUUUAAUAGCAGGAAAUAGUCAAACAAGUCUUGGAUCAACUAGUGGACCAUGGAGAUCAAAAUUGAAUAACAUCAAAAAUUCAUUCCUUGGAACACCAAGAUUCCAUCGGCGAAAAAUGUCAAAUGGAACUGCUGAAAGUGACAGUGAAGAGAGUCAGAUGAUUGACACUUCAGAUCUUGUCAAAAAAUCCUGGUUUGGAUCUUUGGCGUCAAGUAUAAGUGUUGAGCGAGAAGAUACACAUUGUGUACCAGUUCAAGGAAAAACAUUGAAUGGAAUCAAAGCUGAACUCAUACGAGCUUUCCUAACGGUGAGUUUUAUUAGAUGUAGAAACACAGAAAAACGAAAGAAUUUUAGAUUCAUGAAUUGAGCCACUCGGUUGUCGGACAGAACUCAUUCCGUGUUGAAUAUAAACGUGGACCAACUGUUGGUGGAAGUGUCUUUUCACGAGGUGUUAAAAUGAACGUGGAUAUUAUUGCCAGUCCUCAACAAGUUGUGAUGGCUGGAGAAACACCAACAUACGUGGUGCAAUUCACACUUCUAGCAGGUAAAAUAGAGGACAUUUUGAAAUAGAAUCGUUUUUGUUUUGGAACCGCAUCACUUUUUUUAGGCCCAGUUCGCCGAUUCAAACGACUUGUCGAACAUUUGUCAGCAAUCCUCCAAAAUUCCACACAACAAAGAGUCGAUCGACAGCAACAAGCUGCAAUGAUGGUUAGACCUCGAAGACUAAGUGAUUCAAGUGUUGGAAGUGCAUGUUCAGAUAGUGAAAGUAAUGCGAGUAGUAUAAAUAUGAUUGCAAGACAUACGGUAAUAUUUAUUAUUUCUAUAGGUUUCUGACCUGAAUCCAUUAUUUUUUCCAGGAAAAACAAGAUGUUCCAAUAAACAACGAUCCUUAUAGUCAAUCUCCAUCGAUGCGAUCUGUUGGAAGUAGUACAGGUAAAAAUCAAUUGAAAAUGUGUUUUGUUGAAAUUUGAAAUGUUCUUUUUUCUAUCGCUUUUGAAAUUUAUUCAGGACAAGCCACAUAAUGCAAAUGGUAAGUUUUCAAGGUAACUUGAAAAGUUGAUAGCACGCUUUCUAAUUCUUUGAUCAAUGAUUAGUAUUAACUCAAAACAACCUUCUGAACGUGUUCAAGACUGUCGUGUUCAACUGAUUUUUCACAAUACUAUCCUUUUUCACGAUACUUUCUCCGAAACCCUUUUUUAUUAUUGAAAAUUGUAUUUUUUCAAGACAACAAAUUUUCAUUUUUCGGAGUGUCUCAUAUUCACAAAAAUAACAGCAAGAACGCACAAUAGUUUUGAUAAUGUAAACAUCUUUAGUUUCAUAGUUAUCCUGAUAACAUAGAGCUUCCCAUUUGAUUUCUAAUAUGUUUGAUUUUUCGCUGACAAACAGUUUUUGCUUGUUAAAAUUGUCCUGUGCUGAAAAAAACAGUUUUAUUUUUUUUUUUUGAAUUUUUUUUGUGUUGUGGUUAAAAUGAGUGUUGAUCAACAGAUAAUAUUUUUCAAAAGAAUAAAUGAAAUCGAAACCAAUGAACAAUAAUUUCUAGGCUCCUACAAAUCUCCAACUCCACAUCGGCGUAAUACAACAGCUUAUGUUGAAAGAGGAGGUGCACAUCAAAAUUCGUCAUCAUCUUCAGCUGUUUCAGCGGUUGCAACAAGUUCAAAACCGCAAGGUGGUUCGGUUCGAUAUAAUAUUGGCUCUUCAUCUGGAAAUUAUACAUCAUCUGCUCAUGAUUAUUCGUAUCAAUCUGAUUAUACACAGAAAAAUAAUAGGUAAUUGUUUAUUUGUUAUUUUACUUUCUACUAUUCACCCAUAUAUUUUUUUCUGAAAUUGGUCACGUGUUUUGUAGAAUUAUCAAAACAUUUUUUUCAGCACUUCCAAUCAACCAAAACACCAAUAUUCACCAGGAUCACAGCGUAGUUUUGCAUUCUCCGUUUUCAACAAAGCUGAUAAGGUCUAA